CUCUAUUCCGGUAAUGGUCUCAUUUUCAAGAAAUGGGUAUAGACAUAGUAAAGCUAGACUGCCCUCCUCUCUUGAUAGAUUUGUGGAAUUAUGUAGUUAUUCGAUAUCUAACACUGGAAAGUGAAAGUCAAUGAUGCAUCACAUAUGGUGGUUCAUUGCACCAGCAUAUUUCACUUUCUAUUGUAGCCUAUAUAAGUAAAGCAGCAAUCAUUGUUUCGCAAUUAUAUCAGCAUCUCAGUCUCAGGAGGAACUAGCACUGACAAGAAUUUGACGGCCCAUGGCGUAAUCAAAAUUGGGAUAAACAAGAGAGAGACACCAUGGUGGCUGCACUGAGGAACUUUAAACUGAGCGAUCCUGACAUGGGGCAGCUGAGAUGCCUGCUAUAUGGACCAGUUGGAGCAGGGAAGUCCAGCUUUGUCAACUCAGUCAACAAUGUCUUCCAAGGACGAGUAGCACAUAAUGCCCUGGUAGCUGCUGCCUCUGGCACAAGCUUCACCAAGACAUACAAUACACACUACAUUAAAGAUGGAGAUAAACGUCUUCCCUUUGCAUUCAAUGAUGUCAUGGGUCUGGAGGCACAAGAAAAAGGGAUGCAACCUGAAGACAUCAUCAAUGCUCUGAAGGGCCAUCUACCAGAGGGUUACAAGUUCAAUCCUUGCUCUGCAUUAACUGAUGAAAGUGCAGAAUACAAUAAGAAGCCCAGGUCAAGUGACAAGGUUCACUGUCUGGUGAGUGUCGUGGCUGCAGACAAAAUCUCUCUCAUGUCAAAUGACGUCAUAGUCAAGAUGAGGAAGGUCAGAGAAAAAGCCAGUGAACUGGGAAUAGCUCAAGUUGUUGUCAUGACCAUGCCAGACAAGGCUUGCCCGCUGGUGGAGAUGGACGUGAAGAAGAUGUACACCAGCAAGGCAAUAAAAGAUAAGAUGCAGAUCUGCAGUAAUGAGGUGGGCAUUCCCAUGAACUGCAUCUUGCCUGUGAAGAACUACCAUGAGGAGGGGAUGCUGGAUAACGACAUGGACAUUCUGAUACUGAACGCCAUGACUCAGAUGGUGAACUUUGCCAACGACUACAUCUGGAACCUCCAACAAACUGCAUGAGUGUCACAACAUCUAAAAGAAGCGCUAGGAGAUUACUGAGCCCUGAGUUUAUUCCUAAAGCUAUAUAGCCUAGAUUUAAUUUCAGAAAAGCCGGUGUUUGGAGGAUAUCUUGGCACAGGUGUUAGGCCCGAGACGAAGUCAAAUGAUGCAUUUGCAUUUGUUUAAGCUGUUUUCUAGUUAGAUUUACUUGGAUACAUCCAUAACAAUGAGUUUAUUAAUGGGUGACUUUACCUAGCAGAGAAAAUAUGCUCUCUUGACGGGACACUGUUCAGACAAAAGAAAGACAAUCCAUGACAUUCAUUUGAGUUGAAUUUUAGUAAAUGAAACCAUACAUUCUCUUUGUUAUCUACCACAGCUGAUAUGGCUAUAGCUACUUAUUGCAUGUCACAUUUAUCUGUACAUUCCCCUGGAUGGUGAAUUGGUUGAAAUAUCUGUUGGAGUCUGUGCUAAUACUUCUGCAACCUUGCUUGAGCCUUUUGGGUGUUGAUGGUGCCAGGGUGUUGCUCCAGUGUUUCCUAUCUGUCAGUGAUGGACGCCAGUAGCUAUGGAGUGAACCUUCGCACCGAUGCCCACUCAAUGACAUAAUCUCCCUCGCUUCUAAACCAGCAUUGGCCAGUUUCUGGACUGUCGUGGUUCUGUUGCUGUGAUUUGUGUAUGUAGUUGUUCCCGCUGACCUGCAGGACCUGGGCAGAAGUUUUGCCAGAUAAUUUACGCCCAUCGGCUCUGACGUGUACCAUAUCGAGUCCCCGAUACACUCUCCUCUCCUUGGGUGGAGAUAAAAUACAAGGGCGUUCUCCGGGCAUUUCGAUAGAUAUUUCUCCAGUGAUGCCACCGGGCAUAGUGGGUUCCCUGGCUGCUUGAACAUGAAUCUCCUCUUGGACCCCCUGCCCCUCUCCCAUAGGUCCAGAUGAUUCUUUGUGGCCUGUUAUAUUGUUUCAUACCUUAGACCGCUCUCAUCUGUUUUUAUGAGGAAUGAGUUAGGCUUUAGUUGUUUGUUCCCCGCUUUUCCUCUUCCACCCAGAUGUUACCGGAAGUCGAACCACACUCUCUGGACCAGACCCCUUGGUGUACCGGGAUUCAGAGCCUAGGAGUUUUGGAGCUGGGCCAUGUCCUUUUCGGUGAUUGGGGGGUGGCUGUUUGAUGUCUUUUCCUUGCCUUCUUAGCUGUUUGAUGUUGCCCAGAAAUACAUGAUUCGAGGUGGUAAAUUCAGUGACCUUCAUAAGGCACCAGCUGCAACCGAUGGGUGGGUUAUUUAGAAACCGGUUGAACCCACUCCGGAGUGCCAGGUAGCUACUUAUGCUGUACUGCUCCACCUUCCCAUUUCGAUCAUUUCCAUUAAACUGUUGGAGAAGGAUGUUAAACUUUUCCUUAGUGAUAGUUUUGAAGUCAACAACGUUUUUCUUCUCUGCUAGCCAGCCCUCGAAGCAAUGGACAGCCCAGUGUGAAUUCUUAUGUGUUUUUUUCGUUGUGGCUUUUCUCUAGGUCAUUCAAUGCAGUUUCCCCCAAAUUAGCAUGCCUGGGUAUUACUGCCAUCUCUUUUUCAUAUUCAUCCAUAAUCAUACCACUGAAAAGAUCAAAAGAAAUGUUCCAUUCAUCCAUUUUAGUUUCCGCAACAUAAUAUUGAUUUAGCCAGUCAACUGAAAAAAAGUUGUCUAUGUUGCUAUAACUACCAGCUCAAUUUCCUGUCUGACUCGUUUAUUUGGGACGAUGGAGAUCGCAAUACAACAUUGAAAAGGUCGGAGAGACAGACAGCAAGGUUUAUACAAAUCUCCGCUGUUGAAAACCAAAUGCUAGUCUAAAAGAAAUGGGAGAUAAUGUCUAGAUACUUUUUAUAGUGGAGAUUAAGUUUAUACUUUUCCUGGCAGGGUUGAUGAGACAGUGGAUUGCGCAGUGAGAUGGACUAUAGUAAAUGGGCAUUUCAACGUCAUAGAUUUAGCCGGUGGUAACCUGUGAAAUAGACACAGGUUGGAAUGCGGUUUUAACCAAUCAACAUUCAGGAUUAGUCGGUUGAAUAAAGGUCAAUAUACUCAUGUCAAUGUAGCCUUUCAAGGUCAAUGUAGCCUUUCAAGGUCAAGGUAGUCUUUUGGACAUUUGUUUUGCAGACAGGAUGAAGUAAGAUUGGAAUGAAAGUUCUCCUUUCAAUGUUUUCGUAUUGUGGUUGUAUCAUUUCACUUAAAUGUAAAGGCCUAUACUGUUUAUAGACGCAAUAUGCACCUUUGUGUGACAAAAAGCUUGAAAGAAUGUGCGUGCACUGGAUGAGUUUUAAAUUACUUUGAACUAUACACAGGGUUCAUUGGCUGGAACCCUUUUUGGUUCCAGGUAGAACCCAGUUGGGUUCCAUGUAAAACCCUCUGUGGAAAGGGUUCUAAUGGUUCUAAAUGGAACCCAAAAGGGUUCUACCAAGAUCAAAAACGGUUCUACCUGGAACAGAAAAGGGUUGUCUUAUGACGCCAGGCGAAGAACCCUUUUAGCUACUGUAAUAGAUAGCACCCUUUUUCCCCAAGAGUGUACAUGUAACACACAACAGUGUACACUUGUAUUAGAUAAGCUAGUAUCAUUGAUAGCUAUGCAUCAUGUUUUCUCAUUCUAAAUGACCAUUAUAUAAAAUCAAUCAUUUGAUGUGAAUUUAUGGUUGUGUGUAUUUAUGCUUUUCUGCUUGAGCUGGCUCUUUGAGAUGGGUAAAAUGAAGGUAAAUAAAUACAUAAUCAUAA